AUGGCAUCUCAUUACGUAAAUAAGAUCGCACCAACAAACCUUCAUUCGCCUUUUGGAAUGUCGAAUCAAGCAAGUGUUGAUCAAUAUUUCACAUUCACUGUCGGAAAGCUUGAUGCUGGAAUGGCGAUCUUGAUUGGUGAUCGUGCAAGUCAAAUCGAGUUCCCUUCUUUGCUCUUGCCUUCGGAAUGUACGACUGGAUCUGUUGUGAGAAUCUCGGUCGCCAGGAACCAGAAGGAAGAACAACGUAAGAAGCAGGAGUUUGACGAUUUGCAGGAGAAUGUGCUGGAGAUGUUUGGAAUGCGUGGACCGGUCACUCCUUCUUUGCAAUUGAGAGCUGUCACACAAACGUCCAUCACUCUGGAAUGGGAUAAGCUGGACAUCGCAACGGCUAAGCUUUUGUCUUUGGAUAUAUUCCGCAACAAUGAACGUUUGGCUGCUAUUCCAAAUCCGCUCCACAACACAUCAACAAAGUUGUCUGGAUUGGAGGUCAACAAACCAUACUCAUUCCAUCUUGUCAUGCGUACCACAGCGGGCACAUAUACCUCCAAUGUGAUCAAGACAAAGACGCAUGAUAUGAAUGAUACUAGUGGUAUCAGUGUUUGUUUCGGAUUCAUGGAUGGCAGUCACAUCAAUCAAGAUGGAGACUACGUUGAUGGCGAGCUCGAAGCAGGGGCAAAGGAGCUUUUGCAACAACUUGGUGCUAAAUGGAGUGAUAAGAUCCAAAUCGAUACAACGCAUUAUGUAUGCACUCAUCCAAGAGGAAGAGCCGCACCCGGGAUCGGUGAAGGACAUCCUGCUGGACAAAUGCGGGGAGCGAUGUUCAGCAAAGCUGCUCAGCUUUCCAUACCGAUCGUAUUGCCACACUGGAUCUAUGCAUGUGCCGAGAGCAAGAAACUCGUUCCAAUCUCACAGUAUUAUAUGGACAAGGAGCCUCCGAACGCUGCUCAGCUGCGCAAGAGCAUCGGUCGCAAAUCAAUACCAUCAACGCCCAAUGAUAUUGCAGUAGGACCACGUGAUGAAUCCGUACCCCCAACGCCUGCGACCAAGGAUGAUAACGUCCCUCCUCCUCCGCCACAAAAGGAGGAAGAA